AUGAUGAUGAUGAGGGUGUGGGGUCUCCUGGUCGUGGGCUGCUGCCUCUGCACCGCUGCACCCUCUCAGCCCUCUGCAGGAUCAGGCAGGAACAAGCUACUGCUCAUCUCCUUUGAUGGGUUUCGGUGGGACUAUGACCGCAUGGUGGACACCCCAAACCUGGACAAAAUGGCCCAAGACGGAGUGAAGGCCCGAUAUGUGACCCCCCCCCCAUUUGUCACCAUCACCAGCCCUUCCCACUUCAGCAUCGUCACAGGUGGAGGAGGAGGAAACAUGGCUCUGGUGAUCGGUCUGACAGCUGCCAUCAGUAUUUUUGGGCUCGCCUUCAUCAUCGCUGUCACAUUUCUGAUCUGGAAAAGGACCGAAGACUGA